CCUCCAUCCGUUCUCUCCCAAGUCACCGUCCCAUUCUUGCUGUCGCCGUCGCAAUCAACUCACCGUGCGCCGGUCAGUUUCUCACGCCCGUGUCCGGCACGACCACAACCGCGUUCGGGAUCACGAACCGUGCGGAAGGAUCCCGGCUUACCGUGUCCAGACAAUCAGACUGGACCAUGCAGCACCCGAGCGAGUGUGGGGGUGGAGGAGUGGGGGCGAGUGGGAGUGCCGGCACAAGUCCGGCCGGUCCCCGGCGGCGGGCGCCCAAGACAGCUACGGGAGAGAACAAGGUUAGCUGCAGUGGUUGCCGAACUGUCAAGUGCAAGUGUGUCGAGUCUGAGGAUCCCACGUCGUCACGGUGUCAGCGCUGCACACGACUCAACAUCGAGUGUGUGUACCAGGCGCACCAGCGCGGUCGACGGCGGCGGAACGAGACCGACGUGCGAGGAGUGAAGCGCCAGCGUAGCGCGGCACCGAGCUCGGCGGGCGCGUCGCCUGCCGUCGCGUUCGAUCUGAACGCCAUACGCCCCAUGUCGGAUGUGAGGGGGCGCUCACGCUCCCGCUCACGGCGGUACUCGCCCAGCGCUUCACUCGGGAGCUCAGCCGAGGAUGAGGCACCCGAGGACAAGCCGCAGCUUAACAAGCCUGCACACUCGGUGUACCACGAGCUAGCGAACCGGUCGAUCUUCAGCAUCGCGGGCGUCAUGGACCGAGAGCAGGGCGUCGACCACAGUCCCACGAACACGACAGAGCGCAAAGACGACCCCAUCGGGCUCGGCAUCCUGUCGAUGGACGAGUGCGACUCGCUCUUCCAACACUACUUUGACCAGCUGCAGACUUGUGUCUGCCUGCUGGAUCCGGCCGUACACACCGCGGGGUAUACACGGCAUGCCAGCCUUGAGCUGUUCACCGCCGUGCUCACGGUCGCGUCCAAGUUCUUCCGUCCCGAGCUGUACGAGACGGUGCUUGCGCUGUCAAAUCGCCUUGUGUCCACCGCCAUCGCCGAGUGCGUAGCAGCUAUUGAGCUUGUUCAGGCCAUCUGCAUCCUGCACUACUGGAAGAAACCGACGGACGGGCGUGGCUGGCUGCGUCUUGGCCACGCCAUCCGUCUCGGAUACCAGCUCGAUCUGCAUCUGCCUCCACGUCGGCCGCUGCCGGCCGACGAGCGUGAAGCGCGUCUGGCGAUCGACCGCGAGCGAACUUGGAUCUCACUGUUCUGCUUCGACUCGACGGCGACUCAGCUCUCCGACCGCCCCAGCAUGAUGCACAAGGCGCCCGACGUCGCCGAGUGGAUCCGCACCAUACCCUAUCCCCUGCCCUCCGACGGCCAGCUCGACUUUGCUGUCAAAACGUCUCUCCUCCAGUCCGAAGUACGGCAGCUGCAAAGCUGUAGGAGCAGCUACGAGGUGCUGCGCUCUGGGCUGAGGAGGGUGCUCGAGGAUCUGCACCGCUCGCACGACUACCUCCGUUCUGACAAGUAUCCUGUGACGUUGACAUCCACGAGCGUGAGCAUCAAUAACUUUUCAACGCUUGCGGUGCAGCUGCUCGUUGAGUGCACGUCGCUGGCGUUUGCCCCUCGCAAGCACCGCAUUGGCUUGUUGCACUCGUGCGUUGGCACGAGCUUAAAGCUGCUGGACAUCGUCGUGGAUGGCUUCGGGCGCAAGGGCAUUAUGCCAAUGAUCGAAGACGCGCACUCGGUUGCUGUUGCGUCCACGGUGGUGCGCUUAAUCCGCUUCAUGGCGUACCUCGAUCAGUCGGCCAAAGCGAGCGUGUUGCGCAAGCUCACAAAGGUGGUGAUCGUAUGCAGAGAAGCAGCGCGCGGCGACGCCUCAAGCCACCCGGCGUACCUGGCGCGCUUCAUUCACGCGCUGCUGGACAAAGCGCACCAGAGCCGCGCAAACUCGCGGGCGCCCUCGCCGCGCAACCCCCACCUCAUGAGCUUGGCAAGCACGACGCCGACGCACACAGCGCCGGCCGCGUCUCCGGUCGUGAACACGGCAGUCGCGCCGCCCAAGACGACGCCCGACGCGUGGUGGGACGAGGUCGGCCAGUUUGCGUACCAGGAGCCGCUGCAGCCCGAGCAGCUCGACUUCUGGGACGGCUUCCCACUGCUCGCAGGCGCGAUGAACUCGCUCGGCGGGCAGGGCCCCGCCCCGCCCGGCGCGCACGCGAACGGCGUGCGCAUCCCGCCAGACCCGCUGGACCCCGCGGCGUUCGGCCUGGCAUGGGACUCGGAAUGGGACGUGGGCUUCCUCGGGCUGCAGCAUGCGCCGCCUAUGUGAAUGUAGAUGUUGUAUUCAUGCACUGUAUAACUGCUAG